AUGGCGACUCGCGGAGUGAUAUCUCGUGAACCAAAAGAUCCCCAGUUCGUGUCUUAUUUCUUCUUUUAGAGUGCUUCUUUUAAAUUCUUGACGAUAAAAAUGAGAGUACUUAAAUUUGACGUAGAACGUGAAGCUGAAUUGUCGUUACUUUUUUUCUUAGAGAAAUGUACAAAGAAGCUCUGGAGAAUGUAUCCGCUUACAACUCCAGACUGCGUUACGAGCGCCGUCUUCGCAUUCCUUUCAUCGAUGCACAGACAGGCAUCGCUAUGAACAACUGCCAUUUAUGGAUCAGCAAACUCGAACGUCAGCCAGGACAGACGCCACAUUACGUCUACAGUUACCCAGCCAGACGAUGGCGGAAAAAGAAACGGCCUCCCCCUGUCGAGCGUGCGAUUGAGACCAAAACUUUAGAAACUGAAGGUAAAGCCAAGUGGGAAAGGGGGGGAGGGGAAGGGGAGGGGGGAACUGUAGAGAACUAUGAGAAAAGUCUCGCAUGUCUGUAUCAAUGAUAGUUCAGCUCAUUAUGAGACAAGCAUGAUGGCUAACCAACAAUUUCUCAUUCCCCUGUGCGUUGUAAGAGCCCUUUUACUGAACACUGCAGGUGAAAUCGUUUUAACCCUAUAUACCCCAAAAUUAGUAUGUAUAUUCUCCAAACUGUUCUCUAUAAAUUUCUUAAGGUGCUGACAGAAGAAGUUUUUUAACAAUCCAGAGCUUCUUUUGUUGAUAAUCAAUUGAAACUCAAAUUAUGUUUCUUAUUCGAAAAGAACAAAUAAUUGAAACUGUGGAUGCCAUGGAAACUGAGGGACUACUGGAUGAGUCUGAACCUGAUCAUCUAAGAGAAGCUGUGGCAGUGAAAGAUGAUGAAGUGAGACUUGUGGAGAGUGAAGGGGAGGAAGAUCUACAGGAUGAUAGUGGUGCAUUAUCCACUGAUGAUGAAGACUUCAUCGUCGGCAAGAAGAGACCAAUUAGUAAAGGAAGGCCAGGACGCAAAAAAGUGCAUCAACCCAGUCUAUUUCCAGAAACACCAGUCCACCAUGUAAGAAAAUUUUAUUGGGGAUUUUGAUUGGGAAUUUUCUGAAAAGCAAGAUAGAUUAGCCUCCUAAAAGCACACUCUCACUGUUGACCAGUUGAGAAAAAGAAAGUUUUGGAAGAGGGGAGGUGUAAUGGCCUAAUGAAGAUGCAGGAGGUGAUGGUUUGUGUGUUAGGGUAGAGGCCUGUUCUGGGUUCUUUUUUUUCUGUACUUGCCCUGGAGGUAUCAUGAAGAUAGAAGUGGCCACUGAACCUCACAGUAUCCAACAUAGCAGCUAGCUCAAAGUUCAGGUAUAGUUCUCAACUCAUGUUUUGCUAUUGUUUGUGUAAACUUCAGAAGCCAAUCCCCCAAAUGCCUGGCCUUCUCCAUGUGCGCAAUAUCACCAAGGAGGAAUUAGCCAGGAUGGAUCCAGAGGAGCGAAAAAAGCCUUAUGUGUGUGAGAGUAAGUCAAUAUAUGAUAAAUACCAGAGAAAAUUGAAUUGAUUAAUAAUGAAUGCUGUUGAAUACCUAGUACAUACAAUGCCACCCUAUACACCCACUGCCCCAAUGGGAACUGAUGGUGAUGAUGUUGAUAUUUGUUAGAAGAGAAGUUCUUGUACUUAGUAUGAAAACAGUUGUACAAAAAGCAUUUUCUCUUUUGUGUGGAAUUGUAUAAUAAUAUUAUAAUAAUUAUUCUACUCCUUUGCCACUUAACCAUAUUAGAGGAAUGAAAGGGGCAAAAUUUUUCAUGGUGUUACAGUGUUGAACAGAGCAAAAAUGCACACUGAAAGUAGAGCAACAAACUGGCUGUGCCGAACAAUCCAAACUGUUAAUUUUUCGGUCUUUAGGCUUGACUUUUUAAAAUAUGGACUUUUUAGUGAAGAUUUUAUUCUUUUGUUUCAUCUUUUGCCUACACCUUGCACAAUCAAUAAGAUGCCAGGGUAAGGCUGUAGAAAGUGUUUUGUUAACAAAAAGUUCUAGAAGAUGAAAUGAUAAAUCCUUUAUUUGAUGGUUUAGCAUAUGAUAUGAGGGGAUAUUUUGUUCAUUAUCUAUCUUCUCUUUGUCCCUAUGGAGCUUAGAAAAAAACUAUGCAACCCACAAUAUAUCUGCAUGUAUUUAUAUGUUAAACCAUUGAAUGAGGUUUAUUUGUUUUAAUUGUGUUUAAAAAUUUUGUGAGUAGAGAUGGGCAUAGAUAUUUUUUUCAGUUACUGUUGUUUUUUUCCUCAGUUUGUGGACGGCGCUAUAAAAAUGGCCCUGGACUGAAAUACCAUUACACCCACUAUAAUCAUGAACAGGAGGCUGCAGCUGGUCCAGCACCUCAUCAUGAGGAGCCACCAAUAUCCCACCCAUCAACGCCUUCUACUGCCAGUGUUCCUGUUGAAUCUCCUAAGGUUCCUCCAUCACCACCCCACCAAAGAGGUCCAGGACGCCCAAAGAAGGUUCCAGGCAGCGGCACUUCUCCUAAUAACUAUUGCGACUUUUGUCUGGGUGAUGUGUAUGAGAAUAAAACAACUGGAUUUCCUGAAGAACUGUUAUCUUGUGCAGACUGUGGCAGAUCAGGUAUUACCCAUUUUAGUCUCAGGAUAAUCUCCAAUAAAUAUGAACUUUGUAAGUCUGCUCCAUGUUUUUCUUUUUUCUUGUGUGGGAUGAAAGCAGGUAAUCCCAUGCUGGUAAGAUGUGCUUGUCUUGCUCGCUCAAGUAACCAAUCAGAAUGUAGGAUUUGCUUCAUCUUGCCCUUAAAUGCUACCAGCUUUACAAUGAUAAGAAGAGUUGAUGCAUGGAUUACUCAGCUCAGUGGCAAUCUCGGAAACCACAGGCACCUGAAAUGCAUUUAGAAUGGUGAUCAGGACAAGUGAAACUAGAAAACUGCAAAGUAACAAAUUAUUGUUACUUUGUAAAGUUAAUUUUUCUCAAGCCUGAUUUGAUUGUUUUUCUCAACACAACAACAUUCCAGAAAUAAUAUUGGUGUUUAUAGUUUUCUGAGUUUUGCAGUAAAAUCGGACAGGCCAUCAAUAGGCCAUCAUCAAUCAGUUUGGGAGAUGGAAUUUAAACAAUUGAAAGGGUGCGAUGAGAAUAAAGACAAAUAUCAAUUUGGGAAUAAUUGGUUGAUCCAAUACUAAAUUAAUAAAGGGUUAAAUAAUGUAAAUUGGCCAUCAUAAAGAGAUUGUAAGGUUGAUGUUUUGAGCAUAAGGCCUUCACUCUGAUGAAGGGCUGAAGCUUAACCCUUUAACUCCCAGAUCAAAUUUGUCAUUCUCCUUACUGUCAACCAUACAAUUCUUAUAAUGUUAGUUCAGAGAAUUUAGUAUUGGAUUAACCAAUCAUUCCCAUAUUGAUAUUUUUCUUCAUUCUCAUCACUCAUCUGGUUGACGUUGUAUUGAUAUUGUAAGGAGAAAUUCUGUCUUGGUCAUUCAUGGGAAUUAAACGGUUUCAACUCAGUUGAUAAGAUCAAGGUAUCUUUCAUUUAUUGGUAUUCGUGAUUUUUUUUUUUAGGCCAUCCUUCUUGUCUUCAGUUUACUGGAAAGCUGACAGAAAGUGUGAAAAAAUACAAAUGGCAGUGCAUUGAGUGCAAGUCCUGCACACUCUGUGGAACUUCUGAUAAUGAUGUGAGACUGAGUUAAACAUACUUUAGAAACAUUUUCAUCAACCUCGUUCAGACAAUAGAAAGACAUCUACAAUGUACCUUGCUGUAUGUGCAUGAAAUCUAUCCAUAUAGGGUAAAGUUUGUUUUGCCUUUGAUUUAUGACACAAAAGGAAGCUGUAAGCUUUUCAUAUGACCUCUGAAUGGUUUCUGUUCUUUUGUAGGAUCAGCUGCUGUUUUGUGAUGGCUGUGACAGAGGUUAUCAUAUGUAUUGUCUCAAGCCACCGAUGCAAAAACCACCUGAAGGUAAUCUGUCUCUAGAGUAUGAUAUUCAUUUAUCCAUUUGAACUUUAUUUGUUCAAAUAGACUUUAUGGAGGAAUUGUACAGAGUAAAAACUGGCAUUAUGGUUGCUAUAACUGACCAAUUUUUAACCAUAAACUAUGGGACUUAUUGGGACUUUUGAACCUGCACUGAUGUGAUGUGAAUUUGACUAGGAAACAAUAAGCAGUGAUGGAUAUGGCAAAACAGCAGCAGUGGAAAGAAAUUAAGCAAAACAAUGAACUUACAAAUGUUUGGAUGUGGUGAUGGUUGACAUUUCAUGACUUCAGUGAUUGAAAGAUAGAUUAUACCAAGGGUGGAGGAGGGGAGAAUUAGCCCUUCGUCAUUUGUGCUGAUGAAGGGCCAACACUUGAAAUGUCUGCUUGUAAACUCUUUAUGAUGGCCAGUUUCUGUUAUCAAUUCAGUAGAUAAUACCAAAUUGCCCUGUUUUACUCUCCCAUCGAUGCAGUUCCACAGUUUCUUUCAAAACUUACCCCCUUUAUAAAAUUCAUAUCCUUGAGCUGAAGAACAAUUUUCUUUUUACUAUAUGAACAAUAAAUAUUGAGUAGAGAUUGAAACAGCGGGCUUUAAUACAAACACUAGGUAUCAAAAGAAACAAAAUACUUGGUGCCCUAAUCAUAAAAAGGUUUGCAUGUAACACCAUUCAUUAGGCCAAAAUCAAGUAUUCAGCUGUUCAGCAAAAACAGAACAAAAAUUUAUUUAAUAUUCUAAACAACAAACAAACCAAGUUCAUUCAGCAAAGUUUGAAAAGGCAGGAAUUGUGACGUUGUUACUCAAUAUCACCACUCAGGUUGCAUUCCAGAAAUAUGCCACUUGGUUCCCAUAUGUAGUGGUUGUAUUGAUUCUACGAGUGUUUUAGUUCUCAGUUAAACACUCAUGUCCUACAUGAACUCUACUUAGCUGUUGUUGUAUAAUGAUACUGUUAUUAAGGUGGCUCUACUAAUCUUUCAGGUCACUGGACAUGUGCUCUCUGUGAAACUGCUCCUUUACCUCCAGCCCCUGCACCCAUGCCACCUCAUAUGAUGAUGAAACCAGAGUGGCACUAAAGCGACAGAUUUAAGAUCCAUGUUCUCUACACUCUUCCCUUUACUUCUCUUCUGGUACUGCAAGGAGAAUUUGUGUAACAAUCAAACUAUUUUGUUGGUAAUUUCCUUAAUUCUCGUGAUCUUAAUGAAGGAUUCAGUGGUGUGGCUGUAAGGAGAAAGUAGAAGCUGAUCACUCUUAGGGUUUUGAAGGUUAACUAUGAAUGAGUCUCUAAAGAAUGUGGUCCUAAGUAUGGUGUGUUACAUUUCAGGUAGUGUUAUAUCAUUUAUGAAUAAAAUGGUUAAAUAUAAAUGUAAAAGGUUAUGUUGUUUGUAAGAUUGUUGCAGAGAGCUGUGUUGAAACUUGCUUGGUUGUCACUGGUUAGGAAAUAUUCAGGAAAAAAGGAUGUCAGAAAAAUGACAAGAAAAAAUAAAACUGCAUUGAAGAACCUCAAACUCAUCCAUUUUUUGGUCUUCAUUGUUUUGUUGAUGCUAAUGAGAUGGU